UUCUUCAUUGGAACUCAUGAUCAGGCGAUAAUCUCAUCGGUUUUGUAUUCAGUUACAAAAGACUUCGGAAAAUGAAAAGAGUUUUUGACUUUAUGUAGACAAUUUUAACCCAACCAUGACCAGUACGAUGUACAUUUUAUAAAUUAUGCUGUAGAAAUUUCUACCUUAGAAUAUAUAUAGGUGGCUAGCUAUAGCCAGCUAUUAGCUAUACGUUCCAAAAAAAAGCAGACGUACUAUAAAUACCAGAAAAUAAAGUAAAACCAACGCAACUAUACCUUACCUGUAAUAGCUGAGCUAUUAUCACCAUGCCUGGACCAACCAACCAAGCUCAUUCGAAUGCCCCAUUGAGGCUUGUGAAAAAUGUCCAAUUUGGUGUACUUAGUCCUGAUGAAAUAAAGCGGAUGUCAGCAACUGAGGGUGGUAUCAAAUAUGCAGAAACAAUGGAGGCAGGAAAACCUAAAAUUGGUGGAUUAAUGGAUCCUAGACAAGGCACAAUUGACCGAAUGACACGCUGUCAAACUUGUGCAGGAAACAUGACAGAGUGUCCAGGUCAUUUUGGACAUAUCGAGUUGGCUAAACCUGUUUUCCACAUUGGUUUCCUGACUAUGACGAUCAAGAUAUUGCGUUGUUUUUGUUUUUAUUGUUCCAAACUGUUGGUUGAUCAGAGCAAUCCAAAGUUAGUCGAAAUUUUGAAAAAAACCAAAGGUCAACCGAAAAAGAGAUUUAUGCAUGUUUAUGACUUAUGUAAAAGUAAGAACAUCUGUGAAGGAGGUGACAUCAUGGAUCAGCAGUUUGAAGCAAACCUGACAUCUGAUGAACAACCUGAAAAAAAGAGUCAUGGCGGUUGUGGCCGAUAUCAGCCUCAGAUAAGACGACAAGGCUUAGAUUUGACAGCUGAAUGGAAGCAUGUCAAUGAGGAUUCACAGGAAAAGAAAAUUGCUUUGACAGCUGAUCGUGUUCAUGAAAUAUUUAAGCGGAUAACUGAUGAGGAAUGUGACAUUAUAGGCAUGAACCCAUUAUUCUGCCGUCCUGACUGGCUAAUUGUAACAGUUUUGCCAGUACCACCACUUCCUGUACGACCAGCAGUUGUCAUGAAUGGAAGUGCAAGAAACCAAGACGAUUUAACCCAUAAAUUAGCUGACAUUAUAAAAGCUAACAAUCAGUUAAAAAGAAAUGAAAUGAAUGGUGCUGCUGCCCAUGUGAUUGCUCAAGACAUGCUCAUGCUACAAUUUCAUGUUGCUACACUAACAGAUAAUGAAUUGCCAGGAUUGCCCAGGGCACAACAAAAAUCUGGACGUCCUUUGAAGUCAGUAAAGCAACGAUUGAAAAGCAAAGAAGGUAGAUUGAGAGGUAAUUUAAUGGGGAAACGUGUUGACUUUUCCGCUCGGGCUGUUAUCACACCAGACCCUAAUCUUGACAUUGACCAAGUUGGUACACCAAGAACUAUUGCAAUGAAUUUGACCUAUCCUGAAAUUGUGACACCAUUUAACAUUGACAGGUUGCAAGACUUAGUGAGACGUGGCCCAACCCAGUAUCCAGGUGCAAAAUAUAUUAUACGUGAUAAUGGAGAAAGGAUAGAUUUAAGAUUUCACCCUAAACCAAGUGAUCUUCACUUGCAAUUUGGUUAUAAGGUAGAAAGACACAUUGUUGAUAAUGAUGUCAUCAUAUUUAAUCGACAACCAACUUUACACAAGAUGAGUAUGAUGGGACAUAGAGUUAAAGUUUUGCCAUGGUCAACAUUUCGACUUAACCUGAGUGUCACAACUCCAUACAAUGCUGAUUUUGAUGGUGAUGAGAUGAACAUGCAUGUCCCCCAGUCGAUGGAAACAAGAGCUGAGGUCACUGAGAUCAUGAUGGUUCCACGACAAAUUAUCACUCCACAAGCUAACAAACCAGUUAUGGGUAUUGUGCAAGAUUCAUUGUGUGCUGUCAGAAAAUUCACAAAAAGAGAUGCGUUUUUAGAAAAGGACACAGUAAUGAAUAUCCUUCUUUGGAUUCGGAAGUGGGAUGGAAAGCUGCCUAUACCAUGUAUCUUAAAACCCAGGCCAUUGUGGACUGGAAAGCAAAUAUUCUCAUUACUUAUUCCACCUGGCAUAAACUGUGAAAACGAACAUAGUACACAUCCAGAUGAUGAAAAGAAUGGACCAUAUAAGCACAUUUCGCCAGGAGAUACAAAGGUCUUAAUUGAAAAUGGCGAACUUCUAAGUGGAAUUAUAUGCAAAAAAACAGUUGGAACAUCAGGAAACUCACUUGUUCACAUCAUUAUGGUUGAAGAAGGUCCAGAGACAGCAAAGGAGUUUUAUGGUGACAUACAGAAAGUUACUAACAACUAUUUACUUGUUGAGGGACAUAGCAUUGGUAUAGGAGAUUGCAUUGCUGAUGCUGAAACAUACCAAGACAUCCAAUCGACAAUUAGAAAGUCAAAAAGUGAUGUCAAUGAAGUAGUUGAGCAAGCUCAUAGCAAUCAGCUAGAACCUACACCAGGAAAUUCACUCCGUCAAACAUUUGAAAAUAAAGUUAACAGAAUACUUAAUGAAUGUCGUGACAAAACUGGUGCUAGCGCUCAAAAAAGUUUAUCAGAAUUUAACAACUUUAAGUCUAUGGUAGUUGCUGGAUCAAAAGGAUCAAAGAUAAACAUUUCUCAGGUCAUUGCUGUGGUGGGUCAACAAAAUGUCGAGGGUAAACGAAUUCCGUUUGGCUUUCGUCACCGUACUUUACCUCAUUUUAUUAAAGAUGAUUAUGGACCAGAAGCUAGGGGCUUCGUGGAAAAUUCCUACUUAGCUGGGUUAACUCCCACUGAAUUUUUCUUCCAUGCUAUGGGUGGUCGUGAAGGAUUGAUUGAUACAGCUGUUAAGACUUCCGAGACAGGUUAUAUUCAGCGUCGAUUGAUUAAAGCCAUGGAAAGUGUUAUGGUGGCAUAUGAUGGUACUGUUCGAAAUUCCAAUCGCUAUGUUGUUCAACUGUUGUAUGGCGAGGAUGGGAUGGCUGCUGAACACAUUGAAACGCAGCAACUUUCUUCCAUUCAACCCUCGCAUGCGAUGUUUAACAGACUAUUUUCAUUUGAUGUCACCAAUGAACGCAAAUUGAGGAAUAUCUUGUCUGAAGACGUGCUUCGUACGUUACAUUCUGAUUCAACAACGGAAAAAGCCGUUGAGAAUGAAUUCCGACAAUUAAAAGAAGAUCGAUUAAAUCUUCGGAAAAUUUUUCCCACUGGAAACAGUAAAGUUCAACUUCCAGUUAACUUAAAAAGGUUGAUAUGGAAUUCUCGAAAAAUGUUUAAAGUAAACCAAAGGGCACCUACUGAUUUGUCUCCUUUAAAAAUUAUUCAAGAUGUAAAUGAGUUGACGAGUAGAUUGCUGGUUGUGAAAGGGGAACAUCAUCUCAGUAAAGAAGCACAAAAGAAUGCUACCAUGUUGUUUCAGUGCAUGCUUCGUUCAACGUUGUGUUCAAAGAAAGUGAUCGAGGACUAUCGACUAAGUGUUGAGGCUUUUGAUUGGUUGUUAGGGGAGAUAGAAGCAAGAUUUAAUUUAGCUCAGGCUCAUCCUGGCGAAAUGGUGGGUGCGUUAGCUGCCCAGUCCCUAGGAGAACCUGCGACACAGAUGACAUUGAACACUUUCCAUUAUGCUGGUGUGUCUGCUAAAAAUGUUACUUUGGGUGUUCCGCGGUUGAAAGAGAUCAUAAAUGUAUCAAAGAAACCAAAAACACCUUCACUCACUGUGUUUUUAGUAGGGCAUGCUGCUAGAGACGCGGAGCGCGCUAAAGAUGUGCUUUGCCGACUAGAACACACAACGUUAAGAAAGGUCACUGCAAAUACGGCUAUAUAUUAUGACCCUGACCCACAAAACACUGUUAUCGAGGAGGAUCAGGACUUUGUGAAUGUAUACUAUGAAAUGCCGGAUUUUGAUCCAUCACGUAUAUCGCCCUGGUUGUUGCGCUUGGAGUUGGAUCGUAAGAGGAUGACUGACAGCAAGCUUACAAUGGAGCAAAUUGCAGACAAAAUAAAUCAAGGCUUUGGCGAUGAUUUAAAUUGCAUAUUUAAUGACGAUAACGCGGAAAAGUUGGUUUUACGUAUUCGUAUCAUGAACAGUGGUGAAGAAAAGCAAACAGAGGAAGAAGAGCAACUUGAUAAGAUGGACGAUGAUGUGUUUUUGAGGUGUAUCGAAGCAAAUAUGUUGACCGAUAUGACAUUGCAAGGGAUUGAAACUAUUGCAAAGGUUUACAUGCACUUGCCCAGUGAAAACUCGAAAAAGCGAGUUAUUAUUAAUGCAGAAGGAGAAUUUAAACAUCUACAGGAGUGGAUUCUAGAAACAGAUGGUAAUGGCUUAAUGAAAGUGCUUAGCCAGAAAGAUAUUGACCCUGUACGAACGACUUCAAAUGAUAUUUGCGAAGUGUUUACGGUACUUGGCAUCGAAGCUGUGCGAAAGUCAGUGGAAAAGGAAAUGGAUCACGUCAUUUCAUUCGAUGGAUCGUAUGUGAACUACAGGCAUUUGUCUUUGCUGUGUGAUAUCAUGACAAGUAAGGGACAUUUGAUGGCUAUCACACGCCAUGGUAUUAAUCGCCAAGAAGUAGGCUGCUUGAUGAGAUGUUCCUUUGAAGAGACGGUUGACGUUUUGGUUGAAGCAGCGUUCCAUUCUGAAGUUGAUAAUCUUCGUGGUGUGAGUGAGAAUAUUAUCGUUGGUCAGUUGCCACCAAUCGGCACCGGUUGUUUUAGUUUAAUGUUAGACGCUGAAAAAUGCAAAGAAGGAAUGGAGAUUCCUCUUAAUAUUGGAGGUGCUGGUGGAAUGAUGCCAGGUGGAGGAAUGUUUUUCGGUUCUGCAGCUUCUCCUUCGAAUGCCAUGUCCCCACAAAUGACACCAUGGAAUCAGGGAGCAACGCCGGGGUACGGGGAAGCAUGGUCACCUGCUAUGGGAUCAGGUAUGACUCCUGGUGCUGCAAGUUUUUCGCCAGCUGCUGGGUCGGAUGCUAGUGGCUUUAGCCCAGCCGGGGGAUUUAGCCCUGGCUGGAGUCCACAAGUUCCAAUGUCUCCUGGUUCUCCAGAUGCUUCACCCUAUAUUCCUAGUCCCGCGAGAACCGGUAUGAGUCCCAGUUACUCUCCAGCUUCGCCAGCAUUCAAUCCUCAGUCUCCAGCAUCUCCUGGAUACAGUCCAGCGUCUCCGGGGUACUCGCCUACAUCCCCAUCGUACAGUCCUACGUCACCUGGAUAUUCGCCAACCUCACCUUCGUAUAGCCCUACAUCACCCGGAUACUCACCAACCUCACCAUCAUACUCACCAACGAGUCCUAGUUACAGCCCAACCAGCCCAAGCUAUUCGCCCACUUCACCAAGUUACAGCCCGACUUCACCAAGCUAUUCUCCUACUUCGCCAUCGUACUCACCGACGUCUCCUUCGUAUUCUCCAACAUCGCCGAGUUACAGUCCGACAUCACCUAGCUACAGCCCGACGUCGCCGAGUUAUAGUCCAACGUCGCCAAGUUAUAGUCCAACGUCACCAUCUUAUUCUCCUACAAGUCCAUCAUAUUCACCAACAAGCCCGAAAUAUUCACCAACUUCACCGAGUUACAGCCCAACUUCGCCAUCAUACAGCCCAUCUUCACCGCAGUAUUCACCAACUAGUCCAGCGUAUUCACCCCAAUCUCCAUCCUAUUCACCAUCUUCUCCAAGUUAUUCUCCCACUUCGCCAAAAUAUAGUCCAACUUCGCCAAGCUACUCGCCAACAUCGCCAAAAUAUAGUCCAACUUCACCGAGUUACAGCCCCUCUUCACCAUCCUACUCUCCAUCUUCACCUAAGUAUUCACCCACUAGUCCAACAUACUCUCCCACAAGUCCGCAGUAUUCACCAACAUCUCCAAAGUACAGUCCAACGUCGCCAACGUAUUCUCCUACAAGCCCAGCUUACUCUCCCACCUCACCUAGAUAUUCGCCAACUUCACCUGAAUAUUCUCCGACAAGCCCAAAAUACAGUCCAACUUCCCCGCAAUAUUCUGCUACGACGCCGAAGUAUACACCAACGUCACCCACUUACUCGCCGAGUACGCCAUCAGACCAGUCGCCGGGUGGAUCUAUUAACUACAGUCCACUGGAGCCAGACUACAGUCCUGGUACUCCAACCUACUCACCAGACCGCACACCAACGUAUUCGGCUGAUGGUACUGAAUAUUCUCCAACACAGAGAAAUAUUUCCGCACCAGAUUAUUCACCAAGUUCUCCUUCUGAUCGAGAAUCCAGUGACGAAAAGCGCUACAGAAGGUAAAAAUAGCAUUGGUUUACACUAAUGGAAAUUCAAACGCAGAAAAUGUAAAAAAAGAUUUAUUCAAACUGCCAGAUCUUUGAUGUUAAGAGGGAUAUAUUUAGUGUCUGCGAAUACUUAGUAUACUUUUAUACAUCGCUAAUUUGAGAACAGUUUUGACCAGCGUAAAGAGUUGGAUCAAUUUUUUUUUUUUGAUUGUAUUUUGUUCAAUGCGUCCAGAAAAAUUAUGAUCAGCUAAUGCACGACAAGAUUCGCUUUGUAGCAACUUAUUAUUUUAUAACGUAAAAAGUUAGUUGUGUAUUUCACCUCAAGAUAUAGUUCUUUUCA